ACAGACACACACAUAAUGAUUAGUCUUCAGAGAAAGAGGGAGACUCUCCACAUCCUGUCGGAGCUAAAGCCCAUCAUGUGGGGUAACAAGCUCUGCCUUUUGCUGCUUCUGGGCACCUCUACCCUCGCCCAGCAAGAUGUAGGAGGUUUGGAAGAACAAUCUCCAGUUUGCUUUUUGGCCAAAAGAUACAAGAACUUCGGACGGUUUGUGUACAACUAUGAAGCUGAGACCCUUAACAGUGUAAAUGGAGCAUCAGACGACAAGAGUGGACCCAAAGUCUCCUGCACAGUUGAGAUUGAUGUGCCCCAGACGUGUCGUUUCAUCGUCAGAACAACAGAUUGUUCUCUCAGCGAAAUCACUGAUGUGGACCAUGAGGGGAACCCGGUGUAUCGGCCUGCUGCUGGUUCAGAGGAUUUCAAAGCUGCAAUGGCAAAGAACAUCUUGAAGGUUGCAGUGGAAGGGCUCACUGAUGUCAAGCUGUUCCCUGAAGAGGGUGAGCCUGUCAACAUCCUGAACAUCAAGAGGGGAAUCAUCUCCACUCUCAUGGUGCCUGAAAUUAACAAAGAGGAGACCAAAGAAAUGCCCACCGUACAUGGAGUGUGCUCCUCCGACUUCACCAUCAACCUCGGCUCGGACGCCACAACCGAAGUGACCAUCAGCAGGGAUCUGUCCAAAUGUGAUGGCUUUGUAGCCCGCAGACAGAACACCAGCCCUCUGGCCCUCAUCUCUGGCAUGAACUACCCUCUGUCCAAACUGAUCAGCAGCACUCAGACCUGUAACUACAAAUUUGACAACCAGAAGAAGCACGUGACCAGUGGAUCCUGCACAGAGAAGCAUAUCUUCCUGCCCUUCUCUUACAAGAAAGAAUAUGGAAUUUCAGCAGUAGUGAGCCAGACUGUGAUGUUGAGAGAAACCUCCAAGAUCAACGACAGAAUCUUUGACCACAAUGAAGCUUUCAAACUCCUGUCCAUGGAUGUUACUGAUGACAAGUCCCCGGUGCAGACCAAGGACGCCGUUAUUGCCACAAUGCAGAAGCUGAACACUCUGUCUGAGACCAAUGAGGGUGAGGAGCGUGCCAGUCUCUUCCACAAGCUGGUGUCUGAACUUCGUGGCCUGAAUGCCGAUGUCCUGGCCUCCAAUGUGGAUGAGAUGAUGUCAGUCUCCAGUAUUCUUACCUGGCAAGCUCUGGUUCAGUGUGGCACCCCAGAAUGCACCAGCGGCAUGCUGAAAAUACUCAGAAACUUUGACCAUGCUGCAUAUGAUGUCGAUGCUUUCGUCUAUGCCCUGGGAAUGCUUUCAAAUCCCUCCCGCCUGAUGGUGCUAGACAUGCUGGCAAUGGCUCAGUACAAACAGAGCAAACCCAUCAUGUAUGCUCUGAGCAAUGCAGUCAAAAGACUGUACAAAGCUGAGGGAGUCACCCCAGAGAUUACAGCUGUUUAUGAGUACAUGGCUGACCUCCUGGGCGCAGACUGCGCAGGCGAGAAAGAGCUGACCUUCUUAACCCUCAGGGUUGUUGGUAUCAUGGGAGAUGCAAUGGAAGCAGCUAACCCUGAAAUUAAGAACAUCCUGCUGAAGUGCAUGAGACAGCCUGCUACCACUUUGUCUGUGCAGCUCUCAGCCAUCCAGGCCUUCAGGCGCAUGUCUGUGACAGAUGAGGUCCGCUCCAACAUCCAAAGGGUCAGCCAGUACCCCAAGGGCGCCGUGCAGAAACGCCUGGCCGCUUACCUCAUCCUGAUGAGAGAUCCUCAGGACAGCGACUUUGACAUGGUGAAGAAGCUGCUAACCCAGGAACAGAACAUGCAGAUCAAGGCUUUUGUGUCCUCCCACAUCCACAACAUCAUUAACUCAACUGAAUCACAGACAAAAAAACUUGGUGACAGAAUCCUCCAAGCUUUGGGGAACACUGACAUUUCCACGCACCAUGACUACACCACAAAGUCUCGCAACUACAAACUGGGCAUUGCACAUAAGAACACGGAGGCCAGUAUUCAGGGCAAUGUAAUUUUUGAUCCCAACAACCAGUUGCCAAGAGAAGUCCUGUUGGAAACAACGCUGAAAGCUUUUGGGUACAGCUUGGAUAUUUGGGAGUUUGGCAUGGAGGGAAAAGGCUUUGAGCCGACCAUCGAGGCUCUGUUUGGCGAGAACGGUUUCUUCCCUGACACCAUUUCUAAAGCUUUGUACUGGGCUGAGGGCAAGAUGCCACCAGAGAUUCAAGAAGUUCUGGAAAAAUGGGUUGCCCCCUUCAAAUCAGAAAAACAAAACGUUCCUGAAAACCUUGUGGGAGAAAUUGUUCGCAACUUCAACAAGCUGCUGAGCAAUCUGCAGAGUCAAGAGUCUCCAGAGGCUAUGGCCUACCUGAACAUCAUGGGAACUGAACUAGGUUACAUCAAGGGCAAUGAUUUGAAGUUCAUUAUUGAAAAUGUAAUCAUCAAUGCAAGAACUUUCAUGCACCAUUCCAAGUUUAACCUUAAUAGGUUCUCGAACUUUGACACAGAGAUGUUUGCACACUACAUCUUCAUGGACAACAAAUUCACCUUGCCAACAGCAUCUGGUUUGCCCAUGACAUUCGCUCUGUCAGGCACAUUUGCUCCUGGUGCCAAAGGAGGUCUUCACAUUGCCCCAAACAUGAAGGAGCUGGUCUUCAGUCCCUCUGUUGGAGUUGAGUUCAUGACCCAGAUGGGAAUCCACUUCCCUGAAUAUGUUGCCUCUGGUGUUGAGCUGCACACCAACAUGUUCCACGAGAGUUCCCUCAAAGCCAAGAUCACCAUGGAGCAGAGAGAGCUGAAGCUCUCCAUACCAGCUCCUAAGGACACCACAAAGCUCUUCAGAAUCAGCAAUAAAGUUGUGAUUGUUGAUGCUAAAAAGGCCACAAGGAUUCCAUACAGACAGGGCAGAUCAAAGUGCAGAACUCUCUUCUCUGGAAUCAAAUACUGCACCAACAUGCUUUACUCCAACGCCCGUGACAAGAACACUGCUCCCUACUUCCCCCUGAAUGGAGAGACAGCGUUUGCCCUUGAUAUCGAGCCUACUGAAGAUAUCUCUGAAUACACAGCCAGCAUUGCCUAUGAACUUCUCCGUGAAGGAACGGAUGGCAGCCAGAGCGUGGAUUCCUUGAAGAUGACCCUGAGAGCUGAGGGUGCUAAGCCUACAGAGGCUACAGCUACUAUGAAGUACAACCGGAACAGGAAUGUCUUCACUACUCAAAUCCAGAUACCUGACAUUGAUGUUGAGGCUGGGAUUAAGAUUGGCUUGGCAGAUAGCAGUACAGAAGGCAAAUCCCUCACCAUCGAGUUCUCCAACAAGAAUGUGCCACAGCUAUCCCUGAUUGGUCGUGCCAAACUUCAGGCCAUGGAUGAUGGGUUGCUCCAGGUUCAACUUCUUGUGCCAGCGCUGAAGAUUGAUGCCACCCUUGGUGCUACUGUAACCAAAGCAGAUGGGCUCACCCUGCAGAUCAAGAGUGAUGUUAAGCUCCCAGAGAUUUCCUCCAUGCAGGCGGUCACCUUCAAAUAUGGUGAGAAGGAAACUGAGGCCUAUCUGACAUCCAAUGUGAAUGCUGACACAAAGAUCCCAGUGCAGUAUGCUGAAGCCCUCCAAUCAUGGUUCAGUUUGCUUGCUGAGGACCUCUUGGAAAAGAAGGUUGUGAAGACCGACAUGAAACUCCGUCAUAUUGUCAACAAAGGAAUUGAGGCCACCAACAUCUGGAUUGACAAAAUGUCUGAGGAUUGUAUUUACAUGAAGACUCUGAUGAACAACAUUGGCAAUCUGGAAAUGCCAUCAGUGCCUGAAGUCUUAUUCAUGAAUUUUGAAAGCAAACUCAGAUACCAGUUCAACCAGAACCGUUUCAUGAUGACCAUCCCUCUGCCUCUCGGUGGAAAAUCUUCUGAGGAAUUAGGCCUUCCACUUGUUGUCAGAAUCCCAGGCUUUUUUGUGCCCCAGCUGCAACUGGACGUUGACCCACGGGAAAUCCAAAUUCCAAGUUUCACCAUCCCGUCUGAACAUGAUCUCACUCUACCUCUGAUGGGACUGUUUGAAGCCUCUGCCAAGGUCAACAGCAACUAUUAUGACUGGGAGGGUCUGAUUACAGCUGGCAAUAACACGUCUAAGUCUCCUGAAUACGUGGCUAGGUUCAGUGUCAUGGCUGAAAGUCCAGUCAAACUGCUCUCCUUCUCAACUGACGGUGCCACCAAAAUCACAGACACAGAAAGGAAAACUAUUGAAGUCACACUCGAUGGAUCCCUGUCACACAUGCUCAUAAACACACGCUUCAGUGUGCUGGAAAGCAUUUCUGUCACAGACAAUGUACUGACAACAGGUCACUAUAGCAUCUCUGCUAAUGCUGCUCCAGUGGGUCUUGACACAUCUUUGACUAUUACCACCCAGUUCACUCUUGACUCAGACACUUUCCUUGGAGAUGUUAACACAGAUGGCAGUAUCUCCAUUGGGUCAAACAUCACAUCCACAAGUUAUCUCUGCACCUUCUCUAUUGAACCAGCCAAGAAUAAAGCAAAAAUGGACAGUGCCCUGAUGGUAAAAUCUGGCCCAAUGAAGCUCUCUCACAAGAUUAAAUCAACUUAUGAAAAUUAUGAAUUUCUAUUUGAAUCAACCACCAGCAUGGAUUUUGACCCGGUUAAGCACACUACAAAAAUCAAUGUUGACUACAAGGAUGCCAAACUUACCAUCCAGUCUGACUCUGUGACCAGGGCUCAUGAGAGGAUGAUUCGUAAUCAGAUUGCCUUCUCCAUGUCUGACGGACAAGCUUCCCUUAGAAUUGAGAACCAAGCUGAAGUCAAGCAGAACCGUGUGUACUCCUUGCUUACUGGAACAAUGAACCCAUCUGGUUUGGAGAUCAAUGCUGAUGCCUCCAUGAGGAUCUUCUCUAGCCUCGCUUCUCACAAAGCAACCUUGUCAUUGAACACAAAUGGCUUGACCACCAGCUGCACAACAACCGCCCAGCACAGUCCAUUCACAUUUGAGAAUAUUUUCCAUGGUGGAAUUGGCGCACCAGGUGCCACACUGACUCUUAAAACAAAGGGUACCAUUCAAGACAACAUGGCUGAGCUCAAUGUUGAGGGAAAGCUUUCAAGCACAGAAGUAUAUUUCAACAGCAUGUAUGAAGGCAGCCUGUUUGACAUCAGUGGGCGGAACAGAGUGAACCUCAGGCUGAACGAAGAUGGGCUGGUCUUCUCUAACAACAUGGUUGGAUCUUUUGGGGAGAUUAGGACCGAAAACACCCAUUCCUUGUCUCUUACAUUAAGAUCUUUCACCCUACAAACCAAAACAGACAACUUCCUUGACAAGAGCAACUCCUACAUGCAUGACAUCACAGUUAACAUGGAACGCUUUACAGCCUCAGCUAUGGUGAAAAAUGAACUAAAAGUGAUAGGAGUCAACUUUGAGAAUGAUGCCAAAUUCAAGGCAGAACCCUACAACGUGGAGCUGGCUGGGACACUGAAGGGAAGCUUCUCAGAAGAAGAACUCAAGCACAUCUAUGAAAUCAAGUUUGUUGACUUAGUCCUGUCUGCAAAGUGCAAUACCAAUGGAAAACUCCUGGGAUCACACAUGACACAUACCACUGACAUGGAAGUUAAUGGUCUGACUAUCAAGUUCAGUAAUGUGGCCAACAUCAACUCACCAUCUCUUCGUGUGGACAGCACAGUUAAAACCACUGCAGCACCCUUCACACUCAAUAUUGAUGCCAUUUUCAACUCAAAUGGUGAGGUGUACCUCUUUGGAAAACAUAGUGGUGAACUGUACAGCAAAUUCCUCCUGAAAGCAGAACCAACAGAGUUUGAACAAUCACUUGAGUACAGAGCCUCAACCAGCCAUGAAGUGACAGACAGACCUACCGUGAAGACUAACGUGAACAACAAACUCAACAGCUUACUAAACUUGGAACAACAAGUGGUCACACUGGAGUUGAGGUCCACUGUAAACGAACACACCUUCAGACAGAUGUUGAGUGCCUCUAACAAUCCAGAGAGAAUUGCUGUUGAUAUGAAGGGAGAAGUCUCAACUCCCCUCUUCAGCGAGUCCAGCCAAGAUUACGCCAUCUCUGGAUUUGUGAAGUAUGACAAGAACAGUGACAGCCACUUCAUUCAGAUCCCAUUUAUUGAGCACCUUCCCACAGUUAUUGAAAACAUGAAAAGCACAAUGAUUAAGCUAAUGGACCUCAGUAUUGAGAUGCUCACAGAGGUCAACACCAAGUAUGAGAUCAGUGCUAAGUUUCAGGCCAAAAUUGAAGAACUAAAGGAAGCAGUUGACAGUUUUGACUUUAACCUCUUUGUCCAAGACCUGAAAGAGUUUAUAACAUUUAUGGGAAAUUUAAUCAUCAGACUAACAGACCAGCUCCCUACUGACAAAGUUAUUAAUCUGCUGACAUCUAUCAAGGAUACUGUUGGCGCUGAACUGAAGAAAUAUGACAUUCCAACAAGGGUUAAUGCAAUUUAUAACAAAAUAGAAGAGUUCCUCUCCAACUAUGAGAUUGAAAAAAUAAUUGGGGCUAUCAUGGAUGAGGUUGUAAAAAUUAUGAAGCAAUUUCAGAUCAGAGAGAAGCUUCAACAAACAUUUGAUGUCCUCAGAUCAGUUGACAUCCAGCCUCUGUUUGACAAAUUUAUGGUGCCUGCAAAAGAACUUUUGAAUGAGCUUUAUUCCUUUGACUUCAAACUGUUUAUUGAUGAUUUGAGUGACUUUUUUACAAGAACGAUCGAGAAAAUUAAGUCCUUUGAUUAUGAUUCUCUUGUGGUGGAACUGAAAGACAAAGUGGCAGAGAUGAGCAAGAUUCCUUGCUUUGGGAAACUGUAUGGUGAGUUCAAAGUUACUUCCCCUCAUUACAAACUCAGGACCACAGCUGAGCUGGAGAACACCACAAUUGCACCAGCCACACCAGAGUUUAAAGUAAGCCUGAACUCAUGGGCUGCUUCUACUCUUAAAGUGUUAGACUUUACUGCAGUUGCUUCUGCACAUUUUGCUGCUCCCAAAAUGAGCCGUCUGACCAUCUCGGAAUCCAUUAAUGUUCAGCAGUCAUCUUUCACUCUUGACCACAAGGGCACAAUGAAUUUUUAUGGCUUAUCAGCUCAAGCCUCUGGUGAAACCACCGCAAAAGCAACAACAGAGCUCUAUGUGGCACAACUUGUCAACAGUGGAUUUUUUGCUCUGGAAAAUGGAUUUUCCGCCAAAAUGGACACUGCCUACAAACACGAUUUCAAGUUUCCACCCCUCAACAUCCUCAGUGAAAUGAUGAUUGAUCAAAAGACUGUCUUUGGACUUGAAGAUGGCAGCAUUCAUCUUAUCUUUAAUAACUUGGCCAAUGAAAACUACAGAAUUUGGGAUUUCUCAGAUGAAGCAAACCACAAGAGUGACAUCAAGAUAGAAAUGGAUCUCCAGAACAUCAAAGUGACUCUCACUGGUGACACCAGUAGCAGUCUUUUAAAUGUUAAGGAAAGUUUUAAUGCUGAUAUCAGUAUUUUCCGCCAUGUCCUGAUUGAUGCCAAGUUGGAGACUGAUACACCUUUCAUUAAGGACAGUCUGGCAGAGCUUAAGCUUCAUGCUAAGACUGAAGACAUGAAAAUUGAUUUCACUGCAUCUCACAAUGCAGAACUAGUUGGCAACAUUGAAGGAACCCUUUCAAACUCUAUACUCACUCUGCUCUCAGCCACAGAGUUUACAUUUGAUACUCAGAACAAAGGAAAGGCCAAGAUUGUCCUUCCAUUCGAGCUCUCUGGAAAAGUUGACCUCCAGAAUGAUAUUGCUUUUACUGUGAGCUCGGAAAUUCACAGAGCAAGCUGGACCAGUCUGGGCAGGUUUAAUCAGUACAAAUACUCACAUUUGUUCUCCAUGGACAAUGGUGACAGUGAAAUUACUAUCCAAUCAGAAAUCAAUGCCGAGGCAGAUCUUGACAUGCUGAAGAAACCCAUCACUAUUCCUGAAAUAACUCUGCCAUUCCUUGACAUGAGGACACAAAGAGUGGAGAGCUUUUCUUUGUGGGAAGACACUGGCCUCAGCAACAUCCUAACCACAACUCAGCAGACACUAGACAUCAACACCAAACUCAAAUAUGUUAAGAACCCUGAGAUGAUCACAAUUAACAUUAAUCUGGAUCCAGUCAUCCGCGCCAUUAAUUCCAACAUGAGGACCCUUCACAAGAAAAUGCUCAUAGGCAAGGAUAAGGCUGCCACCAUUCUUGCUUCAUCUUAUGACAAAGCAAUGUCAGAGUAUGAAAAAUACAGCAUUGAGCUGCCAAAAACCAUUUUAAUCCCUACCUACAAAGUUCCAGUGAUGAAUGUUGAGAUGUCCUCCUUCACAAUUCCCCUGCCUGAUGUCACACUUGUCACAAUGCCCUCGCUGCACAUCCCAUCUGCACUAAGCAAGCUGACUGUUCCAAAAAUCACUCUGCCUAAGAUUCAGAGCAUCAAGAUCCCAGUGAUGGGUGAUCUGACUUAUGAGUUCUCAAUGGUAACAGAAAUGAUCACAGUUAAAACUGAUGCCAGCAUCCUGAACCAGGAUGGCCUCAAGGCCAAAUUUGAUGCCUCCUCAAUGUCUGGGUUUGAAAUUCUGACUGGAAAGAUUGAAGCCAACACCAACGUUAACACAGAGGGAGAAUUUAAGGUGGCCUCUCUCCUUUCUGUACAGCACUCAAUGCUAGAAGGAAACCAUGAGAGCACCAUCAUCUUGAGUUAUGAAAAUGUAGAAACAUCUGUUAGCAACUCAGCAAAGAUCAAUUUGCCUUCACUCACUAUGGAAAUCAAACAGGAAAUCAAGGGAAAUCCAGUAGAUGGCAUUGUUGUGUCCAUGUCCACACCUUCUGCAGGACUCAUUGGUGUACAGAUGCAGACCAAGCGGCCAGCACAAGUAAAAGCUAGACUCUACGGUCGCUACCCGACUGAACCAACAACAGACAUCAACAUCUUGGGUCUCAAAAUGUCUGUAAUGGACUCUGAGAAGCUGAAUCUUCAGACAACCUGGAAUAUGGAGAUACCGUAUGAGAUGAUGCUGGGAUUUAAGAAACAGGUGCCAGCAUCCAUGGAAAUGGUCUCUGAUGCUGCUGUGAAGAUGAACAACAAGAUCAACAGGCUUGUUAGGAGUCUCAAGGGGUCAUUUGAAAAGUUAAGAAGGCAGGGUAAAGCAAUGUUCAAGAAGGCUGUUGAAAAACUGUCUGAUGUUACUUCUUCUGACUUUAUGACAACUGUCACAGAUAAGACCAUUCUGAUUCUCAAAGAUUCCCAGAAGAAGAUUGAGCUUGUUCUUGAUGCUGUGAUUAAAUUCUUGAGACACACCAAGUUCCAGAUCCCUGGCUAUGACCGAAGGCUCUCUGGACUUGAGGUCUACCAGGAAUUCAACACUUUUGUUGCUGAUGUAUCUGAAGAGGCUGUUGAGAAGCUCCCUGAGUACUUUGCUACCAUCUUUGCAUCAGUUUUUGAUCACAUCCAAGCGGUAGAAUUCACCAUCCCUGGUUCUAACAUCAUUGUCACUGGGCAAGAACUUUUUGAUGACUUAAUGAUUGCUUUGAGAAAAAUUCAGAAACAGCUGAUUGUUAGCAUAAGAAAACUUGGAGACAUCCAACUGGACGACAUCAUUAGGAAAUUCUCAAAAUUCAUGCAAUUUAUUGUUGAACAAAGUGAAAAGUUUUUCCAAACUCUAAAAGCCCCAAAUGUUGAGAACAUCUCCAGCUUUGUGAUGGAUGCAUACCAUGAAGCCAAGAACACUGGUUGUCUGGCCGGUGUUGCCAAACGGGUUGAUGAGAUACACAUAAUCAUUAAGGAAUAUCUCAAAACUGUGAUUGAUAAAAUCCACAGCAUCAUGGCUGAUAUGUCAACUUCACAGCUUAGAACAGACAUCCAAUCCUGGAUUGACUUAUCCGUUAAACGCAUCAAUGCUUUCCACAACAGUGUCAUUAGGACCCUCAAAGAAAAAAGCAAGAAUGUUGAAUCAUAUGUGAGAGUAAGUGACAGACAGAUAGAGGUUAACAUUCCUUUUCCAUUUGUUGCCAAAUUCAACUAACUCACCAAUGCAACAAAACCCACAAGCAAGUAUUUGAAUUAGCUACCUUUCUAUUACAACCAACCAACUGAAUAGUUAAUUUAUUGUCAUAAAAAGCUAAACUCUACAGUCAUAUGGAUGUCUGUUUUUAGUAUGAGUCUUUGUGCUGUUUUUCUGCAUAAUUUUGUUUUUUUCAUGGUGGACUAAAAAUUUUUCUGAUCCAACUCUGCAUCCUUUGUGUCUUGUACUAUUUAAACCCUAUGUGGCCACCAAUAAACUGUUUGUACUGCAUA